UCCAAACACACCCUUAUCUUUGACCGUUGGAAAGUAGAGAUACCGCGCCGAAUCGCUCUUCAAACAGUUUCGUCGUGUGUGAUCAAAUCAAACUACGCUGUGGAAAUAUGAGUGUCUGUCAGUUUCAUCUCCAGAAGUUGAGGAAAUUCAUCUUCUCUCGUCCUACAUCCCUUCAUCUGAACAAGACUUUCGCUUCCUUCUCUUCCCCCCAAACUCAACUGAAUCGCAAAGCACCGAUCCAAAAUUUUUUCUUCAAAUCCAACGACAAAGACGGUUUCAUAAUCCAGCUAUGCCGAGAAAAUAAGUUCAACGAAGCAAUUGGCAUUCUUUGUCAACGGAAGCAUUUGAGAGAGGCCAUUGAAAUACUGGAGAUUGCCGAUCGUCCUUCCGCGGCAACAUACUCGGCCCUCUUACAGCUCUGCUCACAACAGCGAGCUCUGACUGAGGGAAAAAGGGUUCACGGGCACAUUAAACAUUCGGGUUUUGUUCCGGGGAUUUUGGUUUCCAAUCGCCUUCUUGAAAUGUACUGCCGGUGCGAGAGCUUUUUGGAUGCCCAGAAUCUGUUUGAGGAAAUGGGUGAAAGGGACUUGUGCUCUUGGAAUAUAAUGAUAUCUGGGCACGCGAAAUCCAGGCUGCUUAAAGAAGCCAGGGAUUUGUUUGAUUCAAUGCCUGAAAGAGAUAAUUUUUCUUGGACUGCGAUGAUUUCGGGUUAUGUUCGGGACAAUAAGCCUAAGGAUGCAUUAGAGUUGUACAGGGUUAUGCAAGUGCACGAGAACUUUAAAUGCAAUAAGUUUACUGUUUCUACUUCUCUUUCUGCUUCUGCUGCCAUCCAGUCUUUGAGUCUAGGAAAGGAGAUUCAUGGUCAUAUUAUGCGAACGGGGCUGGAUUCUGAUGCAGUGGUCUGGAGUUCCCUAUGUGAUAUGUAUGGGAAAUGUGGGAGUAUAGAUGAAGCUCGUCACAUUUUUGAUAAGACUUCGGAUAGGGAUGUUGUUUCUUGGACAGCUAUGAUUGAUAGAUACUUUGAGGUUGGAAGGAAGGAGGAGGGAUUUGCAUUGUUCUCAGAUUUGUUAAAAUCGGGCAUUAGGCCUAAUGAGUACACAUUUUCUGGGGUUUUAAAUGCAUGUGCAGAUCAAACAGAAGAGGAGCUUGGCAAGCAGGUUCAUGGCUACAUGACGCGGAUUGGGUUUGACCCAUUUUCAUUUGCUGCAAGUGCUCUUGUUCAUAUGUACUCAAAGUGUGGGAACAUUGAGAAUGCAAAGAAAGUCUUCCAUGGGAUGCCUCAUCCAGAUUUAGUUUCAUGGACUUCCUUGAUCAAUGGACAUGCUCAAAAUGGUCAACCCUACGACGCUCUUCAGUUAUUUGAGUCUCUCCUCAAAUCAGGAACGGAGCCUGACCACGUCACAUUUGUUGGGGUUCUUUCAGCUUGCACUCAUGCUGGAUUAGUUGAAAAAGGGCUUGAAUAUUUCCAUUCAAUUAAAAAGAAACAUAGGUUAACACAUACGGCAGAUCAUUAUGCUUGUGUGAUUGACCUGUUGAGCCGAUCUGGCAGAUUUAAAGAAGCUGAGGACAUGAUUAAUCAAAUGCCCAUGAAACCUGAUAAAUUUUUGUGGGCUUCCUUGCUUGGCGGUUGUAGAAUUCAUGGAAAUCUUGAACUGGCUAAACGAGCUGCGGAAGCUUUAUUUGAAAUAGAGCCUGGAAAUGCGGCUACAUAUGUAACUCUAGCUAACAUCUGUGCCACUGCUGGUAAAUGGGACGAAGUGGAAAAAAUCAGGAGGUCUAUGGAUGACAGAAUGGUGGUGAAAAAACCAGGUUUAAGUUGGAUUGAGAUCAAGCGAAAGGUCCACGUGUUUUUAGUGGGAGACUCAUCCCAUCCAAAAUCAAAGGAAAUACAUGACUUUUUGGGAGAGCUUUCAAAGAGAAUGAAGGAAGAAGGGUAUGUUCCCCAUACAGUUUAUGUGCUUCAUGAUGUGGAAGAGGAGCAAAAGGAGCAAAACCUCUCCUAUCACAGUGAGAAGCUUGCAGUUGCAUUUGGAAUAAUUGCUACUCCACCAGGGACACCAAUAAAGGUUUUUAAGAAUUUGAGAACUUGUGUUGACUGCCAUACAGCCAUCAAAUUUAUAUCCAAGAUUGCAGAGAGGAAGAUAAUUGUGAGGGAUUCACAUCGAUUCCAUUAUUUUGAAGCUGGGAUCUGUUCCUGUAAAGACUAUUGGUGAUGAGUCUAGUGCCUGCCUAAUAAAUCCUUGACCUAAGUACGACUUUGAAAGGAGGAAGUAGGACAAGUUGUAUAUUUUCCUGCAAAUUAAAUCAUCUGAAAUGAAGAGCUUCUGCCAUCUCUUGUUGCAGCCUGGCAGUGUAAGUGGAAUGUGGAUGGUUUAAUUAUGAAGAAUCCAGCUGGUUUAGAUGUCAAAGUUAAUUAUAACACUAAAAAUCUGUGCGAGGAAAGAGGAAAUAAGGGCAUAUAUGGAGCAGAGUGGAUGUAAAGCAUUGGACCUCUGAAAAUAUCAAAGAUUAACCUCCUGCAGGCAAGUUCAUAUCGCUAAGGUGAAUAAAAUUUAGUUGCUCGUGGAGCAAAUGUUAUUUGUUGUUGUAAAUUAUCAAUAUUCUCGGACAUGGAGCCAAAAAAGGACCUAUUUUCAGUUGCUUGAAUGCAUUUUGGCGGAUCGAUGAUGACCAAUGGUCAAGUUUUGGGGGUUGGAGGAACUGAAGCUUUCCUUGCUGUUGUGGGGUUAUUAGUUAUUACUCUCUUGAACCUUGCAGGAUAUUCAUUCACAGUAUGCAGUUAGCAGGUGUCAAAAGUCUAAAGGCUGGUUGAUCUGAAUGCUCUGUGCAUUCUUCUUUGUGUAAUUUAUUAUCAUUUAUAAGCAUUUUUUCUCAAAUUUUUAUUUUGCUUUUGUGAAAGAUAAGAGAAUCAAUUAUUCGCAGAAUGUUCGUUGAGUGUCAAUUUUUUACCAUCGAUUUUC